AUGGCGACGACAGCGGCGGCUGCAGUGCUCACGAGCACCCUUACGGGGAUUGCUUGCGAACAGACCCCGCUUGCACGAGCCUGGGCUGCUCGCCCACCCGCCACGUUCUGCAUCCUCCGACCACCCACACGGGCCGCAGAUAACGGCCAGGCGGAUUGCGGAAUCGCAGCCUGGGCGGCCAAUGGCCGUGCAUCGCCCCGGUGGGAAAUCGAUCGCAGCCCAAGGGACGCAAAAAGCAAGUCAGGGCCGGACAAGGGGCGAGGCAGCGGAGACAUGGCGAUGGCUGUUGCCAUGUCAGCGCCGGAGGAGGCGGUCGGAGAGGGCUGUGGCGGCUGUGAAGUGGCCGUGUCACAGGACAACGCGCUGCACAGCCGCGGCCGGGGCGGCGCCGCGCGUGUCCGUUCCGGCGCCCCGAGACUCGCCACCCGGCAGGGACACGCGCCCAUGUGUCGUCGUCGCUGGCGGACAUCUUUAUUCGUCGCCAUGUUCUCCACCUCGAUCAUCAAGUCCGUCGUCGACAACAACCGCAAGGUUCCCAAGAAGCAGACCGCCCAGAAGUCCGUCUUCAACCAGCCCAAGGCUUCCACCAAGUCGCUGUGAUGAUGUCUUCGUCUUUGCGCAAGACGGCCUUCCGUUGCCGCCGCUGAGACACCUUGAGCCGUCACCUGUGUCCGGCCAAGGGUAUUGAUACACUUCCUUCUGGCUGUUUUUUCCUGCACAACUCAUUCCUGGCAUGUCCCCCUCCUAUGCAUUUGAUAUUCCCACCUCCAUCCAACACUUUUUUGGUUGUGGCUCUCGGCGCCCCAGACAUAUUUAUUUCGCAAUUCACUCCUGGUCUGUCUCGUUCCCGAUGCAUUUUGAACCCGCGUCGAUGAAGACCGAACGCGGAUGGCCCAGGAUCCAUAGCCAGGCCCCACUGUCUCCUCGCUCGUGAAUACAUACAUGCCACAACGGCCAUCCUCCUCAA